AGCUUAGUUUGGGAAAUACUUUUGCCACGAGACCAAUUUCGUAAAUAAUUUCCGUAUAAAGCUUAAUUUGGGAAAAAAAUCCUCAAACCGUCGACACAUUUCAAUUCACCAGAUAAAAAACCUCUCACUCUAACUUUCCAGAUCUCAUCGAUGGCGUCCACCACCACCACCCCAUCAACACCCACCACCUCCACAACACAACCACAACAGUUCUCCAUAAAACUCGGGACCCCAGAAGCCCUCUCCCAACUCCGCUCCCUCACCGACGUCGGCACAAUGACUCGUCUCCUCCACGAAUGCAUCGCCUACCAACGCUCUCUCGACGUCAACCUCGAAUCCCUCCUUUCUCAACGCUCUUCCCUCGACACCCAUCUCUCUUCUCUUCUCAAAUCCUCUCAAGUCCUCUCCAUCGUCCGAUCUGACGCCGACCAUAUCCUCUCCUCCGUCCGAUCAACUUCUGUUCUCGCCGACAAUGUCUCUGCUAAAGUCCGUGAACUUGACCUCGCUCAAUCCCGCGUUUCUUCCACCCUUUUGCGACUUGAUGCCAUUUCUCAGAAAUCUGCUUGCAUUGAUUCGGUUAAAGCUUCGCUUGAGUCUGAUGAUUAUGAAUCGGCUGCUGAACAUGUUAAGAAGUUUCUGGAAAUUGAUUUGAAGUUUCGGGAUUCUUCUGGGUCGUCUCAGAAAGAGGAAUUGCUUGCUUAUAAGAAACAGUUGGAGGGUAUUGUUAAGAAGAAGCUUCUUGCUGCUGUUGAUCAAAGGGAUCAUCCUUCUGUUGUCAGAUUUAUUCGCCUUUAUCCCCUUCUCGGAAUCGAAGAAGAGGGGUUGCAGGUAUAUGUGAAUUACUUGAAGAAGGUAGUUUCUAUGAGGUCUAGGAUGGAGUUUGAUCAAUUGGUGGAGUUAAUGGAGAAUAGUUAUACGAAUAGUAGUAGCCAGGCUAAUUUUGUAGCUUGCUUGACUAAUUUGUUUACAGAUAUUGUGUUGGCUAUUGAGGAAAAUGAUGAGAUUUUGCGGAUAUUGUGUGGUGAGGAUGGAAUAGUCUAUGCUAUCUGUGAGCUGCAAGAAGAGUGUGAUUCAAGGGGUUUCUUAAUUUUGAAGAAGUAUAUGGAGUAUAGAAAAUUGAUGAAAUUGACUAGAGAUAUUAACUCUUAUAGCGAGAAUUUGCUCUCAGUUGGGAGUUUGGAGGGUCCUGAUCCAAGGGAGGUGGAGCUCUAUUUGGAGGAGAUUUUGUCCCUCACCCGAUUAGGUGAGGAUUACAUUGUGUAUAUGGUGUCAAAAAUCAAAGGGCUUAGUUCGAUUGAUCCAGAGCUUGGUCCAAGAGCUACCAAGGCUUUUAGAAAUGGGAAAUUUAGUACAGGUCUUCAUGAAGUAACUGAGUAUUAUGUCGUCUUGGAGGAAUUCUUCAUGGUGGAGAAUGUAAAAAAGGCUAUCAAGAUCGAUGAGCAUGUGUCCGAUAGCUUGACAACGUCCAUGGUGGAUGAUGUUUUUUAUGUCUUGCAAAGUUGUUGUCGAAGGGCGAUAUCCACUUCCAAAAGCGAGUCUGUGGUUUCUGUUUUGAAUGGGGCUGCCAACUUGUUGAGUAAUGAGUAUCUUGAAGCUUUGCAGCAGAAGAUGAGGGAGCCAAAUCUAGGUGCAAAGUUGUUUUUGGGAGGUGUUGGUGUUCAGAAGACUGGAAAAGAAAUUGCCACGGCUUUGAAUAAUAUAGACGUCAGUUGCGUAUACAUCCUUAAACUACGCCAUGAGAUUGAGGAGCAAUGUGCAGAGGUAUUUCCUGCACCAGCUGAUCGAGAGAAAAUAAAAUCUUGUCUGUCCAUGUUGGGAGAGACGAACAACAUUUUCAAGCAGGCAUUAAAUGCUGGCAUGGAUCAACUUGUUGGAACUAUUACUCCUCGAAUACGCCCAAUUGUGGACAAUGUGGGAACCAUUAGUUAUGAGUUAUCAGAGGCUGAAUAUGCAGAUAAUGAGGUGAAUGAUCCAUGGGUCCAGAGGCUUCUUCAUGCUGUUGAAACUAAUGCAGCGUGGCUUCAGCCUGUAAUGACCGCGAACAACUAUGAUACUUUUGUCCAUCUCAUCAUAGAUUUUAUCACCAAGAGGCUUGAACUCAUAAUGAUGCAGAAAAGAUUCAGUCAACUUGGAGGUUUACAGCUUGACAGAGAUACUAGGACAUUGGUAAGCCAUUUUUCAAGCAUGACUCAAAGAACCGUGAGAGAUAAAUUUGCUCGGCUUACCCAGAUGGCCACCAUUUUGAACUUGGAAAAGGUCUCUGAGAUUUUGGAUUUCUGGGGUGAGAAUUCAGGGCCAAUGACUUGGAGACUAACUCCUGCAGACGUGAGGAGAGUGCUGGGUCUGAGGGUUGAUUUUAAGACUGAAGCAAUUGCUUCUUUGAAGCUGUAAUUCUUUGUAGGUUUCUUACUUGUUCACUCUGUUUCAUAUCUUCUUGUUAUCUUUUCUUAAUCUUUUUUCCCAUUUUUCUAUAUACGUGAGUGAGCAUCUUUUGCGGCGUAGAAUGUACAAACUCUCAACCUGUAACAUUUACAGAGUUUUUACCUUGAAAUAGAAGUUCUUUUCUUAUGCA